GUUAAAAGGAUUGGAAUCUUAUACUUUGGCUAGGUUUCCUCUUCCAUUCCGGAUUAAAGCACACAGAUCUUUCGGUCUCUAUCUAUAAAUUCAAGUCACAACAAUACAUGUGAAUUCUCUCUAUCCAUCCAUAACUUACACGUCGAUCUUCUUGUUUCUCCCUUUUCAAUCGUUUCUUCAAUGGCGCUUGCAAGAGUUGAUGAAACCCUAACUGCAGUUAGCACCACUCUGGUUAAUCCCGACAACAACACUGAGCCCAUGUUUCUUGUUCAAAUCUUGUCGGAAAGUAGGAAAGAGACACGGGUUAGAGUCAGAGGACAAUCACUAGCCAUGCGAGUGGAUGAUAACCGGCCAACUGCUGCUGACCCAACUAGUUAUUUCUUCCAAAUCCCUUGUCAAGUUGUUGCUCAGCCCGCUUCAUGCUUUCCUUACAUUGCCCACAUGAUUUCUUGCUCCGAUUUUAGUGCUUCUUUAUCCAACUAUUUGGCCUCAAAGAUUGCUGCCUUUUCUGACAAUCUUGUGAGGGCCGGUUGUUUUGGAUUCUUCGUGUUGGCUCAUGUCAAGGUCGUGGAGGAAACUGUUCAUGUCGUGGAGCCAAUAUUUGACACAGAUCGACAUGUAACCGUAUCAACGGGUGCAUCGAAGGGAGUGUUAAAGAAGUUGGAGAAGGAGAGGUUUUACACGAAGCAGGGGCAGAGCAACGAUGAUUCUUCUUCCGGUGGUACUUGUGUGGUUUGCUUGGAGGAUUUUUCAAGUUCGGUGAAGCUAUCAAAGUUACCUUGCUCUCAUGUCUUUCACGAAAAAUGCAUCUUUCGUUGGGUGCUAAACUCCAAAUCCUGCCCACUUUGUAGAAGUCAAGUGGAAUAGCAGACGAUUAACUCUAAAUUGACAUUAAUUAAUUAGAUUUUAGUUAAUUCUUUUUGUCUUUUGAAGAAUCAUUCUAUUCUUAAUCUGUUGGUGUUCGAGAA